CCUGAACACUCGGUCUCAUUCCGCCACGGUCCAGCCUGUCGGGAAGGGGUUUCAGCUCAACUGCUCCGCAUUAGUCUUUUCAUUUGGAAACAGAACCGAAAGUUUAUAUUGUAACUUUUUUUUAUUUAUUUAAAGUAAACCAACGCGUCUAUAUUGUUUAACGUUUAUCUGUGGUAAUUUGUACUGAAAAGGAAUAGCUAAUUUUGCCGUUCGAGAUCAGCCGGUGGCGCUAACAAAGAAAAUUGUUUCUCUCCAGCAAUAAUCCCCCACUAUUCUCUUUAGUUAUGAGUCAUGUGGUCGUUGAUAAUCCACACGGUCUAGAUCAGCAGCUCGCUGCCCUAGACUUAAACCCUGACGGUCAAGGCGGAGGAACUGGCAGACGCUACAUUCCACCUCACCUGAGGAACAAAGAAGCAGCCAAAAAUGCAGGAAAUUCUUAUUCCGCUGGUAAACAGUGCGGUUAUUCAGUGGCACCAGUAAAUUUCUAUGCCCCUAAGCAGUGCCCCCAGCCAUGGCAGGCUGAAUGCCAGCAAACACAGGGAAAUAGCUGCUCUUCAGGAUGGGAUGACUGUACCAUGGGUUACCCAAGACUGGCCUCUCAGGAGCUUGUCUUUUACCAUGCCUACAGUGGCGGGUGGCGAAACACAUGUGAUUCACCUGGAUGGGACGGCGGACGCACCAAUGGAUUUGUGAAUGGUUUCCAUGACAACCGAACAAAUGGGGGUUUUGGAGGGCGCGGGCCCCCUCGCAAUGACAGAGGUGGGCGUGGCGCCUACCGUGGUAACAGGGGUGGAGGCUCGUUUAUUCAACCAUUGCAAAAUGCAGGGUUUGGAGGCUAUGAAAACAAAGAUGGAGGCUGGGGAGGAGCUCCUAGAGACGCCGCCUACAACAGCUUCGGAGGACGCAACGAUCGGUCAAAGUCUAACUUCUUCAACGACCGCGGGGCCGGCUCCAGGGGACGAUACGAGCGUGGGGGUUUCUCUGGUGGAGGAGGGGGCCGCUGGGCCGAGGACUCCAGAGAAAACGACUGGUCCAAGCCCACCGCACCCAAUGAGCGUCUGGAGCAUGAGCUUUUCUCCGGAGGCAACACCGGCAUCAACUUUGAGAAAUACGACGAUAUUCCCGUGGAGGCGACCGGAUCCAACUGCCCACCGCACAUCGAGAGCUUCCAUGACGUGGACAUGGGGGAGAUCAUCAUGGGGAACAUCAACCUGACCAGCUACACUCGUCCCACUCCGGUCCAGAAGUACGCCAUUCCCAUCAUCAAGAUCAAGAGAGACCUGAUGGCCUGCGCCCAGACCGGCUCUGGUAAGACUGCUGCUUUCCUGCUGCCCGUUCUGAGUCAGAUCUACGCAGAUGGGCCAGGAGAGGCUCUGCAGGCCGCAAAGAACGGAGGACAGGAUAAUGGAAGGUAUGGCCGCCGUAAGCAGUACCCCAUCUCCCUCAUUUUGGCUCCAACCAGAGAGCUGGCUCUGCAGAUCUAUGAGGAGGCCAGGAAGUUUGCCUACCGCUCCCACGUGCGUCCCUGCGUGGUGUACGGCGGCGCCGACAUCGGCCAGCAGAUCAGGGAGCUGGAGAGAGGCUGUCAUCUGCUGGUGGCCACGCCAGGACGUCUGGUUGACAUGAUGGAGAGAGGCAAGAUCGGCCUGGACCACUGCAACUACCUGGUGCUGGAUGAGGCUGAUCGCAUGUUGGACAUGGGCUUUGAGCCUCAGAUCAGGCGCAUCGUGGAGCAGGACACCAUGCCACCAAAGGGCAUGCGCCAGACCAUGAUGUUCAGCGCCACCUUCCCCAAAGAGAUUCAGAUUCUUGCCCGGGACUUCUUGGAGGACUACAUUUUCCUGGCAGUGGGUCGGGUCGGCUCUACUUCAGAGAACAUCACACAGAAGGUGGUCUGGGUGGAAGAGAACGACAAAAGAUCGUUUCUUCUCGAUCUGCUCAACGCCACAGGUAAAGACUCGCUGACUCUGGUGUUCGUGGAAACAAAGAAAGGAGCCGACUCUCUGGAAGACUUCCUCUACCGGGAGGGUUACGCCUGCACCAGUAUCCAUGGAGACCGGUCCCAGCGGGACAGAGAGGAGGCGCUGCAUCAGUUCCGCUCCGGACGCUGCCCCAUCCUGGUGGCUACAGCUGUGGCUGCUCGAGGUCUGGACAUCAGCAACGUGAAGCACGUGAUCAACUUUGAUCUGCCCAGUGACAUUGAGGAGUACGUUCACCGUAUUGGCCGUACGGGACGUGUGGGCAACCUGGGUCUGGCCACGUCGUUCUUUAACGACAAAAACAGCAACAUAACCAAAGAUUUGCUGGACAUCCUGGUUGAGGCCAAGCAGGAGGUUCCCUCCUGGCUGGAGAGCCUGGCCUACGAACACCAGCACAAGAGCACCAGCCGCGGGGGCCGCUCCAAGAGGUUCUCCGGUGGUUUUGGCGCUAGAGACUACCGUCAGUCAUCAGGCGGCUCUGGAGGCUUCGCUGGAAACCGCUCAGGACGCAGCGCCGGGGGUCACGGAGGAAACCGCGGCUUCGGUGGAGGUGGCUUUGGAGGCAACUUCUACAGCAGCGACGGCUACGGCGGAAACUACAACCCCUCCGGUAGUGUCGACUGGUGGGGGAACUAGGCGCCAUAGGAAGAGGUUGUCAUGCCAACCUAAUGGAAACCACAUGUUAACUUAAGCCAGACCAUAACAACCCUCCCUAUGUAGCUUCACUGACAGACAGUACACACCGACCCUGGUUCUCUGCCCUCGGCUUCUCUCAGAGGAAGCGCGGCACGCAGCAGCGAGGACCACCAGCACGCGCCUCGCACCGGGGGGCCGCAGAGAUUUGCACACCUCAGAGCGAGCAUGGAUGCUUACAUGCAACGUCCGACAGCAACCUCGGACUUCCACUGUUCAAAGUAUUUUUGUUCUGGCUGCGGGGGAGGAACCCCCCCACAGCCGGCUGAGCUGAGGAUCAUUUGUAUGUUGAUGUACUGUGCCUUCUUGAAUUGAAACAGGAAAUAUAUGUUGUCAUUUCACCAGAUGGCCAAGAGCUCUAAAUUUGUUUUAACUAUUUUGUUUAAAAAGAGAAGAAAAAAAAAAGACCUAGAAAAGUAAACUAAGCUUGGACUUAAACCUUGGCAGACCUUGGUGUCGUGGCUCCUGGAGUCACGAUUCCAUUUGAACCUCAAAUUUCUAACAUGUCGCCUUUUUUUCUAUCGUCAAACAGCUGACUCAGCAGUUAGUCCCCCCAAACCGGGCCACUCUGAAGCAGCUGUCGGGGCGUCCCGCGGGGGGGGCGCAGUUUUCCUUUCUGCUCACUCUAUCCUGGACGGGCUGUGCUGAGGACGCGGCCGUCUGAUUUCGCCAUUCCGAACGUUUAAUCUUAAACACCAAGUCGUUAAGCUCAGUGCCGACCCAGAAACCAAUGCUGGAACUCCACUCUCUGAUUGACUUGACAGUGUUACGGCAGCUAGUAUGCUACCAAGUGCUAGCUACUUUAAGUGAACGGUGUUUUUUUUUUUUGUUGCUUUUUACUUGACGUGUUUUCGGUGCAGGCAUAUGCAAAAAAAUUUCAAAGAAAACGUUUUUUUUUUUUUUAUCGUUCCGCUACAAUUGUGCGUCAGAGCAAUGCCUGCCAUCUUGAAAGUGAAGUUCAAAAUGGCUGCACAAAAGGACCACAGCAUUGGGGGGGAGGGGCAGGGGUCUCAGCGCGGCAUUAACUAAAUCGGCCCGAGGCCCCCCCGACGGUAUUCUACACUUUGCGAGUGUUUUGUUUUUUGGUCAAGGAGGAAGGACGCGUGAACAGAGUCGCAGGCUUAACUUAAUUACAAACAUUUUCUCUUUUCAAGCUGCGUUGGAGGCACGGCUCGUCGUUAGGAGCGAUCACUGAGGUUUUCAAUUAACCAGCAGGAAAAGGGAAGGGAGGGGUGGGGGGGGGCAGCACUCCAACCACAGGGUGGGGCGGGACUUUCAGUGCGCCGCCAUUGGUUCACAUAGGAGGCCAAAGAUGGAGGCGUCUCCGCCUCCUUCACGGGACAUUUUAGCAUCAGGAAACAAACGGACUAGUGAAGCCGGAGCGCCGCCUCCUCUCAGAGGAGCAGGAGGCGACCAAACGCUCCCAGUCCUCAUCAGGUGUGAUGUGCCUUGAAACCUUUAUUUUUCUUCACGGGGGGGGGGGAGAGAAGCCCCCCGAUCUAGAAGCGGAUGCACUGACAGUAUUGAGACAGACUGGUGCUACUUGAAACGCGUGUAGGCCCGUGUCCGUCUCGCCCAUCCAGUUUUACAGAAGUUGUUUUAUUGCACAUCUAGAGUUUUAUAUAGACGUCUCUGAAAUGUGUCCUUAAGCUUCCAGGUGUCGUGUGCGAGGAGUGUGUGAAAAAAAAACGCAGCUUGUUUACAAAGGGGAAGGGUUCUCAACGUUUAAACCCGGGAUUUAUUUGGGACCAGGGGGGUUUAGCAGUCGGGGGGGGAAUUUAGCCAUUUGCACAGAUUUCUAGAUUCUACUUUUGCUGCUAGUUUUGUGUAAUUUAUUAAGCAUUUUUGACAAAUAUUUAUUUUUGUAAGCCUCAAAGUGAUUCUUUGAAAGUUUCAGAAACUUGACCAAAAGACCGUACAAAAAAACACUGGCACUUGAAUGUUGAAUGUCACCUGUAUGCGUGAAAUUUCUAUAUUUCGGGGUAGCGUGAGCUUUUUAAAUGUAUAAAAUCCGUUGGACUCAGUAUCUAAAAUCCACAGCUGUUUCCGAGGCCUCCACAUGGCCAGCCAUCUAUUAGAAUCUACUAAUUGGUCAUCGAAAUUCAAAGUGAAUUUGAGCAAAACAUGCCAAGGUUUGGAGUUGAGCUUUCACGAGAGCAAAUAAAUUUCCUAAGCAUAUCGGUGCAGAAGUGUUCGGAUUCUCCAAAUGUGUGCAUUAAUCUUUUAGUCGAAUUUGACCGGGGGGUUUUUCUAGUCAAUGUCUGGCACAUGGCAAUCCUUAAAGAAACAAACAUGUGGUUUAUUCUCCUUGUUGUAUUUGCUUAUAUCGCGUCUCUCGAGUUCUCCGGGACUGUGGAACCGAGUCGUGUUUCUUUUUUUUUUUUUUUGUUUGUUUUUUUUAGCUUCGUCUCUCCAGCAGCCGUCUGAGACGCUGCGGCCGAGCCGAAGACUUUGUUGCACAAUCUGCCGAGAACCCCAGAGCUGUUUAGACGUAGACUUUUUGCUUUUUCUGUACUAGCCGCCAGGCUGCUGCACUGCAUGGGAAAAAGUACUCAGCUGUGCAAACUUGUAAGGUUUUACCAAAUAAAAUGUUUGAAUGCAAAAGUA